AUGGCGAACGAUUCGUUGACUUUCCCAUAUGGCUACGCCUCUCGUCGAGAUGGAUCAUGCUCGACUGGCGAGGUAGACUGUGGCUCAACAUGGAACACGGAGCGGGCUUGUUGUCCUGGUUCAACCUAUUGUCCUCGCUCAUCCAGUACUUCGAUAUGCUGCCCAUCAACAGACGACUGUGAGGAUUCGUUGGUAGGCCAUACGCACUGUGCAGACGAAUCAGCGGAUCUCUACUAUGUUUCAGUAACGCGCAAUUACUUUUGUUGCUCCAGCGACUUGAAUGGAUUCAUAAUCGACAGCUACAAUUAUGUUGGCUGUACGGCCAAUAUUACUGCCGAACCGUACGAUGUGAAAGCAGCGUCGAUUGUUUCUUCGGCUUCAGCCUCGACCCCAGUCACGUCGCUUACUGUCACACCAACUCAAGCAUCUCAAAACCAGACAGCCACUCAUGGUACUGUGACACCGACGCCGACAACGACAAACACGGCUGGAGCAGAAGCGACAAAUGAAUCAACCAGUGUGGCUACUAACGACAAAUCCUCCCACAGCAACACGGGUGCCAUUGCUGGUGGUGUUGUUGGUGGUGUAGCUGGAGCUGGUAUUUUGCUUGCUUUGAUAUGGUUCUUUCUUAUCCGACGAAGGAAGUCCUCGCCAGUGGACAACGACAGGUCCCAUGGGCCACCCCAAGAACUUCCUAGUGACGCUGGGACAAAGAACGAUCCACGGACAAUGGGAUCUCCCAAAGAACUAAGUGGAGAAGACAGAAAGGUCUUUGCUGCUGAGCUUCCUGCCCACUAUGCAUGA